GGGAUUGUGGGAGUACAGCUCUUUCCUUUCCGUCUGGCGGCAGCCAUCAGGUAAGCCAAGAUGGGUGCAUACAAGUACAUCCAGGAGCUAUGGAGAAAGAAGCAGUCUGAUGUCAUGCGCUUUCUUCUGAGGGUCCGCUGCUGGCAGUACCGCCAGCUCUCUGCUCUCCGCAGGGCUCCCCGCCCCACCCGGCCUGAUAAAGCGCGCCGACUGGGCUACAAGGCCAAGCAAGGUUACGUUAUAUAUAGGAUUCGUGUUCGCCGUGGUGGCCGAAAACACCCAGUUCCUAAGGGUGCAACUUACGGCAAGCCUGUCCAUCAUGGUGUUAACCAGCUAAAGUUUGCUGGAAGCCUUCAGUCCCUUGCAGAGGAGCGAGCUGGACGCCACUGUGGGGCUCUGAGAGUCCUGAAUUCUUACUGGGUUGGAGAAGAUUCCACACACAAAUUUUUUGAGGUUAUCUUCAUUGAUCCAUUCCAUAAAGCUAUCAGAAGAAAUCCUGACACCCAGUGGAUCACCAAACCAGUCCACAAGCACAGGGAGAUGCGUGGGCUGACAUCUGCAGGCCGAAAGAGCCCUGGCCUUGGAAAGGGCCAUAAGUUCCACCAUACUAUUGGUGGUUCUCCCCGGGCAGCUUGGAGAAGGCGCAAUACUCUCCAGCUCCACCGUUACCGCUAAUAUAAGUAAAGUUUGUAAAAUUCUUACCUAAUAAACAAUUUAGGACAGUCAAAAAAAAAAAAA